AUGCCCCGCACCUCGUUGUUUAGAGGCCUUGCCCUCCCUCAGACUGCUCGAAAGUUUAUUCCUACAACUCCCAAAUCUCUACCGUGUUGGCAGACCAUCUCACAAUCUCGCCGUCACUACCUUACUCCAGCUAUAAAAGCACACCAAGCUCGAAAGACCAAGAUGGCUCCUCAACUCGACGGCUACUUCAAGCAGGUCGAUGCCGACACCGACCACUUCAUCGACCGCCUCCGGAAGGCUGUUGCGAUCCCCUCCAUCUCAGCUGAUGUUGAGCGUCGUCCCGAUGUCGUCAAGAUGGGCGAGUGGCUUGCUGCCGAGCUGAAGGCCCUCGGUGCCUCAGUCGAGCUUCGCGAGCUCGGUGAGCAGCCUGACAAGCCUGGCUUGCAGCUGCCCCCCGUCGUGCUGGGAAGAUAUGGAAGCGACAAGAACAAGAGAACUAUCCUGGUCUACGGCCACUACGAUGUUCAGCCCGCCGAGAAGACUGAUGGCUGGGCGACCGAGCCUUUUGAGCUCUCCGUCGAUGACAAGGGCAGAAUGUUCGGCCGUGGUGCCACGGACGACAAGGGACCCGUUCUCGGCUGGUUGAACGCCAUCGAGGCUCACCAGAAGGCCGGCAUCGACUUCCCCGUCAACCUCCUCAUGUGCUUCGAGGGUAUGGAGGAGUACGGUUCCGAGGGUCUUGACGAUCUCAUCAAUGCCGAGGCCAAGAAGUUCUUCGCUGACGCCGAUGCUGUCUGCAUUUCUGACAACUACUGGCUCGGAACUGAGAAGCCCUGCUUGACCUAUGGUCUCCGUGGCUGCAAUUACUACUCUGUCGAGAUCAAGGGUCCUGGCGCUGAUUUGCACAGCGGUGUCUUUGGCGGCACUGCUCAGGAACCCAUGACUGACCUGGUCCGCGUUCUCGGCUCAUUGGUCGACACUGACGGCAAGAUCCAGAUUCCUGGCAUUAUGGAGCAGGUCGCCCCUGUUACCAAGGAUGAGGAGACUCUGUAUGAUGGCAUUGCCUUCACUAUGGAGACUCUCCACGAGUCUCUCGGCAGCAAGACUACUAUCUACGAAGACAAGAAGUCCACCCUCAUGGCAAGAUGGCGUUACCCCUCCCUCUCUGUCCACGGUGUUGAGGGUGCCUUCUCUGCCCCUGGCGCGAAGACUGUUAUCCCGGCCAAGGUCACUGGCAAGUUCUCCAUCCGUACCGUGCCCAAUAUGGAGGAGGAGGCAACCAACGAGGCCGUUUACAAGUACGUCAACGAGCAAUUCGCAAAGCUCAAGAGCAAGAACACCAUGAAGGUUUGGGCUCAGCACACCGGCAAGUGGUGGGUUGCGUCGCCGAAGCACUGGAACUUCUCGGCUGCCGCCAAGGCUACCGAGCGCGUCUGGGGCGUGCAGCCUGACUUCACCCGUGAGGGUGGAAGUAUCCCCGUCACCUUGACCUUUGAGCAGGCCACCGGCAAGAACGUUCUUCUUCUGCCUAUGGGUAGCUCCACUGACGGUGCUCACUCCAUCAACGAGAAGCUGGACAAGCGCAACUACAUCGAGGGCAUUAAGCUCCUUGGCGCUUACUUGCACUACGUCGCCGAGGAGCCCAUCGCAUAA